GUCCAGCUAACCUUGAACUAGCUCCCACUGGUCCUGGAUCUUCUCCAAACGAAUCUUCCUUUCAAGUCAGGUCCAGAUGGUCGGGUCAGGUCCAGACCAUCAGAUCAGGUCCAGUCACUCAGGUCCAGGUCCAGACGUGACCCUUCAGGUGUCAGAACCUGGUCCAGAGUUCUAUAUGGUUAGGAAAGUAUUUCCUGGAUGACGUCACAUUUAAUGUGGUGAAUAAUCUGAUCUCAUCAGAACCUAAAGAGUCCAGAACCACCAAUGUCCCUAAGCCCAGCUUAAUUAGAACCACAAACCCUGGUUUCCAAGAGAGACCAGUUAGACCUGGGUGGACCUGGGUAGACAAAUGGGUGGGUCCAGUAGAACUUAGAAGACAAAGCUGUAGAUCCUCACAGAUCCAGAGAUGUUCUCUCAGGGCCUCUGUUUGGAUUGACAUGUUCAGGUUCUUAUCUUAAUAAAGCAGAAUAAAAUGAUCCAUUUAAUGGUUUGUUUGGUUCCGGAUGAACAGUUUGGGUCCAAACGGACCAGCUGCUGUCAGACAGCACCUCCCUGAUGGGUCACAAAUCCUACCAUGAUAUUAAGAACCAAUCAGAGGGCAGCUUUAAUCUGCUGCUGCUCAUCAUCCAGGGUCGGUCCGUGGUCCUCAGAGCGGGCAGGAGGCCAGGUCCAUACUGUGCUCUCAGAGUUUGGGUUUAAAUCGGAGACAUCUGGGCCCUGAUUGGUGGGAUUAGAGCAACAGGAUUAACGUUGGAUCUGCAGCAAAGACGGCCAGAGGCAGAGGAAGGUGGAUGGAAACGAAGAGAACGGCAAGGACGCUGCCAAAGGGACUGGGACCAGGUUAUUCUGGACUUCUUCUACAGAGACCACAGCAGGGACACCAGCAGGUUAGACCAUGUUUGCUGGUCGAGCAUCAGCAGCUGGAGCUGCAGGACCAUCGGCUGCCAUGACUGGAGGGAAAGCUGGGAAGUUCACCGUGGAGGAGCUGUACGGGUUCACCAAGAAGCCAAAGGUGAACAGAGGAACCUCUGCCAAGCAGGAGAACAGCAACAGGAGGAAGGAGGCAAAGGAGAAGGAUCUGAGGGACAAGGAGGCAAAGGAGAAGGAGGAGAUGGAGCUGGCCUCUCAGAUCCUGGAGGCUGCCAGGAGACUCAUGGAGAGACGGAGGCUGGAGAUCUACCUGAAGGAGUGUGCCAUCACCUUGGAGCAGAGCAGCAUGCCCUACAGGAACCUGGGGAAGUCUGGACUCAGAGUGUCCUGCCUGGGUCUGGGAACCUGGGUGACCUUCGGCUCUCAGAUCUCUGAAGAGAUGGCAGAGAGUGUGAUGACGGUGGCCUAUGACAGCGGGGUGAACCUGUUCGACACGGCAGAGGUUUACGCAUCAGGAAGAGCAGAAAGGACUCUGGGGAACAUCCUGAAGAAGAAAGGAUGGAGGAGGUCCAGUUACGUGGUCACCACCAAGAUCUACUGGGGAGGACAGGCGGAGACAGAGCGGGGGUUGUCACGGAAACAUAUCAUCGAAGGUCUGCGUGGGUCUCUCUCCAGGUUACAGCUGGACUAUGUGGACAUCGUGUUCGCCAACAGGAGUGACGUCAAUGCGCCUAUGGAGGAGAUCGUGCGUGCGAUGACCUUCGUGAUCGAGCAGGGUUUGGCCAUGUAUUGGGGGACGUCCCGCUGGAACGUGGUGGAGAUCAUGGAGGCGUACUCCAUCGCCCGGCAGUUCAACCUGAUCCCCCCGGUCUGUGAGCAGGCAGAGUACCACUACUUCCAGAGGGACAAGGUGGAGCUGCAGCUGCCUGAGCUCUACCAUAAGAUCGGAGUGGGAGCCAUGACCUGGUCUCCGCUAGCCUGCGGUCUGCUGACGGGGAAGUACAACCAGGGUGUCCCCGAAAGCUCCAGAGCCGCCAUGAAGGGCUACUCCUGGCUGAAGGAGCGCCUCUACAGCGAGGAGGGAAAGAAGCAGCUCAACAAAAUUAAAGAGCUCCACCUGCUGGCCGACCAGCUGAACUGCACUGCUGCUCAGCUGGCUAUAGCCUGGUGUCUGCGCAGUGAAGGCGUCAGCUCGGUCCUGCUGGGAGUGUCCAACACGGAGCAGCUUCUGGAGAACCUGGGCUCUCUCAGGGUCCUGACCCAGCUGACUCCGCCCCUCAUUGCAGAGAUGGACGCGUUGCUCGGCAACAAGCCACGAAACCCCAAGAAGGAGCGACGGAGCUGAGGAGGAGGAGGGACCUUCAUCAGGAGACAUUGGAGGACAGACAGACAAGGAGUGGACAGCAGAGCCUCACUGUCCAGAUGGGACUCUGGUCGCCAUGGAUACAGAGACUCUAGAUGUUCUGACAUAGAUCCAUCAUUAAUCACCUGAGCAUCUGUGAGGAUCUACAUCUGCUGUCCAAUCAGCUUCUUCCCAGCUUAGAAAACCAUUCCCCCAGAACCAGAAUCCUGAACCAGAACCAGAGCCAGGACCAGAACCCAGACCCCGAACCCUGAACCAGGACCCUGAACCAGAGCCAGGACCAGAACCCAGACCCUGGACCCUUAACCAGGACCCUGAACCAGAACGAGAACCAGGAACGUAGAAACCAGGACCCUGACCCAGGACCCAGAACCUGAUCCACAACCAGAACCCUGACCCAGAACAAGAACACUCUGACCCACAACCAGAACUCUGACCCAGAACCCUGAUCCAGAACCCUGACCCAGAACCCUGACCCAGAACCCUGACCCAGAACCCUGACCCAGAACCCUGACCUAUACCCAGAACCCUGAUCCAGAACCCUGACCUAUACCCAGAACCCUGACCCAGAACCCUGACCUAUACCCAGAACCCUGACCCAGAACCCUGAUCCAGAACCCUGAACUAUACCCAGAACCCUGACCCAGAACCCUGCCCUAUACCCAGAACCCUGACCCAGAACCCUGACCUAUACCCAGAACCCUGACCCAGAACCCUGACCCAGAACCCUGACCUGAACCCAGAACCCUGACCCAGAACCCUGACCUAUACCCAGAACCCUGACCCAGAACCCUGACCUAUACCCAGAACCCUGACCCAGAACCCUGACCUAUACCCAGAACCCUUACCCAGAACCCUUACCCAGAACCCUGACCCAGAACCCUGACCUAGAACCAGAACCCUGACCCAGAACCCUGACCUAUACCCAGAACCCUGACCCAGAACCCUGACCUAGAACCAGAACCCUGACCCAGAACCCUGACCUAGAACCAGAACCCUGACCCAGAACCCUGACCUAGAACCAGAACCCUGACCUAUACCCAGAACCCUGACCCAGAAUCCUGACCUAGAACCAGAACCCUGACCCAGAACCCUGACCUAGAACCAGAACCCUGACCUAUACCCAGAACCCUGACCCAGAAUCCUGACCUAGAACCAGAACCCUGACCCAGAACCCUGACCUAGAACCAGAACCCUGACCCAGAACCCUGACCUAGAACCAGAACCAUGACCCAGACCCCUGACCUUGAACCAGAACCCUCACCCAGAAGGUCCAACGUGAACAUCUGUCCAUCAGUCCACUCCCCACAUUAGUCAGAGGAACCUGGUUCUGAAAAUCCAUCUUUGGACGUUGCCCUUCCAGGGCGGCGAUACUUUGGACCAGAUCUGUGUGUGCAUGUUCUAGGUUCUGUUCUGCUGUUGGACCCAUAGAACUAAAACCCUGAUAUGUGUCUGUGUGGGACAGGGGGUCCAAUCUGGACUCACUGAACCGGACCUACAGAACCCAGAGAACCUGUGUAGAGAACUCCUGUUAGAACCUUUCAGAACUUUUCUUCGUUCAGCAUGAAGAUUAAAACUUCCAGUAAACCUGAGAUGAAAUACGGAUAAUAAAUAAAUAUAAUAAUAAAGAUGAUAAUACCAACAA